CAGCCUAAGUCCCCCUGGGUCGCGGUCGCCGGCUCAGCUCAGAUCAGUAAGCUUGAUUGAUUCAUUUCCCACUUGACACCCAUGGAGUUCCCGCACCGCCACCACCACGGCAACCGCCGCGACGAGGACGAGGACGACCGCCGCGGUCCGCCGCCCCCCGCCUACGGCUACGGCCAGGAUCCGCCUCUUGCCCCGUACGGUCGCGCACCCGACAACGCCGACCCCUACGGCCGCCCACCGCCCCCCUCCGCGUACGGCGAGGGAGGUGACGCCUACGGCCGCCACCCGCAUCCCCCGGCCUACGGCCGCGAGGACGACGGAUACGGCCGCGCGCUCCCGCCGGCCUACGACGCCGGAGCGGGCGGGUACGGCAACGUCGUCCACGUCUCCCACGAGGUCGGCGAUGAGAGGCCGCACUACGGCGGCGGUGGCUACGGGGGUGGCGGAUCGGACUACGGCCGCGAGAGCCGCCCGCACCAAGGCGGCGCCGGAUACGGAGGUGGCGGAUCCGAGUACGGCCACGAGAGCCGCCCACACCACGGCGGCGGGGGCGGCGGUGCCCCGCCGGUGAGGCAGCAGACGUUCAGGAUCUUCUGCAAGGCCGGCGCGGAGCAGUACAGCCUCGCCGUCCGCGACGGCGAAGUCUGCCUCGUCCGCACGGAUCGUGACGACGACGCGCAGCACUGGAUCAAGGACAUGAAGUACAGCACGAGGGUGAAGGAUGAGGAAGGCUACCCUGCCAUUGCCCUCGUCAACAAGGCCACCGGAGAGGCUCUCAAGCACUCCCUCGGCCAGUCCCACCCUGUUCGCCUGGCCAGCUACAAUCCAGACUAUAUGGAUGAGUCCGUCUUGUGGACAGAGAGCAGAGACGUUGGGGAUGGAUUCCGCUGCAUUAGGAUGGUGAACAACAUCUACUUGAACUUCGAUGCUCUCCAUGGUGACAAGGACCAUGGUGGCGUGCGUGAUGGUACCACCCUCGUUCUGUGGGAGUGGUGCGAGGGUGACAACCAGCGCUGGAAGAUUGUUCCCUGGUGAGCAAAUGUGUGGCUGUGCUCGUGCAAGCAGCGUCUAUCUUAAUAAGCUGAGUAACUAUCGUUUCUGGAAUAAUGGGCGCCUCAGAUGUGCCUGCGUGAAUAGUGUUCCCUUCCGUUUCCCUUCUCUGUAUCUGCUUGGUUUGAACAGCUCUAUGAUUUGUAAUGUUGCCUUGGACUAAGUGGUUACUUUGUUGUAUGAACCGUCGGUUGGACCAAGUGUGAGGGUGUAUGAACAAAUGGAAUAAUGGGCGCCUCAGAUUUGUAAUGUAAGCAUUGCUCCUGCCCUGGACA